AUGCACAAGGCAGGCAUCGGCCACUGGGACCUCACGCCGCCAAACAUCCUGCUGGUCGACGACGGGUACGGGGGAUGCAUCCCCCAGGUUUCCGACUUCGGUCUUGCCCGAGCGCUCGGAGAGAUGCGUCCCAAGAUGAUGGGAACUCUCGGGAGCAUGCCUCUUGAGGUGAUGCAGGCAUCGGUACCAGCUUGCCCAAGCCAGGACACGUUCGCGAUGGGUGCGAUGGCCUUCAUCAUCUGCGUGACUCCCGACAAGGUUCAGGCGAACAUGUUCAUCUCGCCGCACCUCUUCACUGCAGCGGAGGCGAAGGCCAAGAAGGCCCUGGAGGCGAAAGGGGGCGGUCCGUUGGCCAUGACACUGAGAGACAUCUUCGAGAGGAACGUAAUGGAGAGGACGAUGUCGACAGGAGCUUUCACUACACUCAUGACGGUCGACAACUUGCACCCGGACCUGGGCCCGACUAGCGUGAGGGACAUGGUGUCGUGCUACCUCCCGACAUUCCUGGCAAGCGACCUGAACAACCGCGGAGACAUGGCCACCUUCGAGAAGGUGAUGGGACACAUUAUCAAGAUGGUCGAAGCCCAGGGAGAGACCAAAGUCGACGAACAGGGAGGAGAUGGGUCUGCUGGGUCUGAAGUGCAGCAGGCAUAA